AUGUCUGCGUCACAUGCUUCUGAUGACAGUGAAAGUCUCGAUCGAGGCCAAUGGAGUGGCAAAUUUGACUUUCUCAUGUCAAUGAUAGCUUACGCUGUUGGCUUAGGAAACAUUUGGCGAUUUCCAUACCUGUGCUUCAAAAACGGCGGAGGAGCCUUUCUUGUGGUUUAUGGAAUAUUUUUUGCACUUGGUGCUGUACCAAUUUUUGUAAUGGAAGUUACAAUUGGCCAGUAUGUACAGCGCGGUGCAAUGGAGGUGUGGACGAUGUGUCCAUUGUUUAAAGGAGUUGGAAUAGGUAAUGUAAUGAUAUCGUUUAUGUGUAUCGCUUAUUUCUGCGUCAUUAUAAGCUGGGCAAUGUAUUACAUGCUAAGCUCAUUCAAUGCAACCUUUCCUUGGGAGACAUGUGAUAACUGGUGGAAUGACAAAGCAACAUGUCUGACUGGCAACGAGAAUGCCUCAGUUGUAAGACAAAUGAUGAUUGCUUUAAACGGCACUGCAAAUAUAGAAACUAGUGUGGAGCAAUUCUGGGAAAGACGAGUGCUAAUGCAGUCUAAUUCAAUAGCCGAUUUUGGAGGUAUCCAGUGGGAACUUUUUGCUUUAACAUUGUUCUCUUGGGUCCUUGUUUAUUUUGCUUUGUGGAAAGGCAUAACGCAGGCUAGAAAGUUUGUGUAUUUCUGUGCACUCUUUCCCUACUUUUUGCUGGCUAUUUUGUUAAUUCGUGGCCUUACUCUACCGGGUGCUUUCGAGGGGGUCAAGUACUACCUCAUGCCCAAUCUUACUGCCCUAACUCAUGCAACAGUAUGGAAAGAUGCAGGAACACAGGUAUUUUAUUCUUAUGGUGUUGGAUUUGGUGCUCUUAUAGCUCUUGGCUCACAUAACAAAUUCAAUCAUAACUGUUUUCGGUUGGUGUCUGAUGUAAUAAAGUAUUUUUUGAAAAAUAUCAGAAGCUGUUUUGCUGUAUUUUCGGUGCUGGGUUAUAUGUCGCAUAAAACCUUGAAACCAAUUGGUGAUAUUGUCAAAGGAGGCGUCGGACUGGCAUUUCAAGCUUAUCCGGAGGUCGCAACCAAGUUGCCUGGCAAGCAAUUUUGGUCAGUGCUGUUCUUCUUGAUGAUCACAAUAAUCGGUCUUGACAGUCAGGUUUGCAUGUUGGAAGGUCUCUUCACUGCCAUCGAAGACGUCUACCCGUCAGUGUUUAGGAAGUAUAAGAAAAUAUCUUUACUAGUAACCUGUAUUACGUUCUUCAUCAUUGGUAUCCCGAUGGUGUCCUAUGCAGGAACGUACUGGUUAACGUUAUUUGACGGGUACGGAGCUUCAGGAAUCGCAUUACUGUUUGUUGUUAUAUGUGAAGUCGUCGGUUUGUCUUGGGGCUUCGGUGCCGAUAACGUCAGAGGUGCACUGAAAACUAUGAUAAACUUAAACCUUUCGAUUGUAUGGAAUUACAUAUGGAAAUAUAACGCACCAAUGGUUACCACGAUGCUAUUAAUCUUUUGCAUAUGGCAGUACACACCGGAAAAAACGUUAACAGGGGAAGAUUACCCACGUUGGGCACAAAUUUUUGGCUUCUUUCUAGCUUCGUGCUCAAUGGGCGGGAUACCCUUAUACGCUGUAUAUUAUCUGUGUAAGUGCAAAGGGACACUACGAGAGGUAAACUUUAUCAUUCAGCAGCUAAAUUUCCUAUUGCCACUAUACGACGUAGAACUUAUCGAGGCGGGAAGAAAUAAUGGAAAGUUACAUGAAUCUGGCCGAGAAAUCUACAGAUGA